GUGCGCGCGGCGGCGGCGCCGGGGCAGCAGCGCGUCCUGCGGCUCGCGGGGGCCGCGCGGGGCCUCCCAGAGCCGCCGGGCCCGGCCCGAGCGCCAGCGGCUAAAAACAAUAAACAGUUGAACUUCUCUUUAUGAAACUGAUCAUCACUCAAGUGUAGUUUUUGAUGUAUGGUCUCUAAAGCCCCCCACUAUGCCAGCAGCUACUGUAGACCAUAGCCAAAGAAUCUGUGAAGUUUGGGCUUGUAACUUGGAUGAAGAGAUGAAGAAAAUUCGUCAAGUUAUACGGAAGUAUAACUAUGUAGCCAUGGACACAGAAUUUCCGGGAGUGGUUGCAAGGCCUAUUGGAGAAUUCAGAAGCAACGCAGACUAUCAGUACCAACUCUUGCGCUGCAAUGUCGACUUGCUAAAAAUAAUUCAGCUAGGACUGACAUUUAUGAAUGAGCAAGGAGAAUAUCCUCCAGGAACUUCAACUUGGCAAUUUAAUUUUAAAUUUAACUUAACAGAAGAUAUGUACGCUCAGGACUCUAUUGAACUGUUGACGACAUCUGGUAUCCAGUUUAAAAAGCAUGAAGAAGAGGGAAUUGAGACACAGUAUUUUGCAGAACUGCUCAUGACAUCAGGAGUUGUACUGUGUGAAGGAGUCAAGUGGCUUUCCUUUCAUAGCGGGUAUGACUUUGGCUAUCUAAUCAAAAUCCUGACAAACUCCAAUUUACCUGAGGAAGAGUUGGACUUCUUUGAGAUACUGCGGUUGUUUUUCCCUGUAAUCUAUGAUGUAAAAUAUCUCAUGAAGAGUUGCAAAAACCUGAAGGGUGGAUUACAAGAAGUGGCUGAGCAGUUAGAGCUGGAAAGGAUAGGACCACAGCAUCAGGCAGGAUCCGAUUCUUUACUCACAGGAAUGGCCUUUUUCAAAAUGAGAGAAAUGUUCUUUGAAGAUCACAUUGAUGAUGCCAAAUAUUGUGGCCACUUAUAUGGCCUUGGUUCGGGCUCAUCUUAUGUACAAAACGGCACAGGAAACGCUUAUGAAGAAGAAGCCAACAAGCAGUCAUGACAUGAAAUGAAAGGCCAUCUUUUUGACCUCCACAUGCUUGUAUAUAGGUUUUAUCUCUGGCUGAACCCCUUGGACAAUAAGGCUUUUUUCCCCCCUUUCUCAGUACACUUUCUUUUCUGCCUUUCUAUGUACUAAACUUGACUGUUCCUAUCACAGAUUUUGAUCUUGAUAUGUAAAAUUUUCUGGGUUACAUUUUGGCCUCUUAACUAGCCCAUUUGUAAAGAAGCAUGUAUAGGAUCAGUGUGGAAGAGAGAGGGGGAAAGUUGAAUCAUAAUGAACAGUCUGGUAAACUUAUAUUGUUUUUCCAGUUUUUUUUCUCUUUCCCCUCCCUUCUUCAAUUAAUUGGCUCUGAUUGUAAUUAACUUCCCUCUUCAUGUCUGUUCCUUCCACUUGCAGGCGUUUUAGCUAUUCAAGAUUGUGGACCAUCAAAUUUGCACUUUAGAGAGAGACUGACUCAGAUCCUCUGUUUUAUUUGAAGUUUGUUUUGGUUUUUUCUCUUGCCCUCAGCUAGAAAACAAUCAUCUGCCAAGUUCAGCAGCUUCAAGCUGUAUUUCCUUGGCAUCUCACCCCGUAAUCUCUGUUUGUUAAAGCGAAACAAACUACUGAAAUCAUAGUAACUGCUCUUAUUUUACUAUUGUUCAGUCAUCUUCAAACACAUCCUGCACGUGUCAACUGCUGUUUGGCCUGCUGCUUUAAAACCGCUCUGUGAUGGGGGAAAGAGGCUUGAAAAAACAGCUUUACACCCUUCAGGAAAAGAACAGCUAUGUCUUUAGCCUUUUUGCCAUUAAGCUGAGAGUUGAAGGAUAUUGGAAAAGUAGAAGUCUUGUAAUGGCACACUUCCCUUGAUUAACCUCCUAGCUUUUAUUCUAGUAAUGUGCACCUCAGAUAUUUUUUAUGAAGUCAUAUUUAUUAUGUACUUGAUUUCAUGAUUUUUGUAAGUCAGUUUAGUUGAAGAUAAAACCCAAAGAUCUGAAAAAAUACUAUUUAAUUGAAAUAUUGAAUUAGAAGGACAAUUAAAUCAUGCUUUUUUGUAGUUGUUACAAAGACAGAUGUUACAGAUACUUGUUGUAAAACAACAAAAUAUGAAUAAUUUACAGCUAAUAAAGUUACCUGAGGAGUGUAAUGCUAGCUUAUUUUUGAGUAUAUUUUACAAUGUAUUUUAGAUAUAUUGUUUUAAAGGACCCUGGAGUAUGUUCUCAACUCUGCAUAGCAUGUAUACAGAGCAGUUGUGCAGGAAGGAGUUUUGGUAUUGAAUAGCUAAAUCCUAGCCUGAAAUGAUGGAACGUGUGACAUUGUGUGUCUGCGUGUGCGCACGUGUGUGUGACACAGAAAUCAAUGGUAGAAAAAUCUCCAAAUGUUCACCAAAUAUUCUGUUUUAUCCUGUACUUAAAAGCAAAAGAUCAAACACCUUUCUCUCAUUGAAUUAUGAUGAUGUAACUGGGCAGUCCUUUUUAAACAAGUAAUUUGCAUAACAGAGGGUAUUUGUUUUUAAAGCUUUUGUAAAUAAAUGCCUAAGAAAUGUUUUCUUACAUAA